AUGAAAAUAAAAGCCGAUUUAGCACAAAAAAUCCAUAUUAUGCCUAAUUGGAAAACAUACAGAAUUGUAAAAAUUGAAACCGAAGGUUCAACAAGACCAAUUUUGUUUCACUUAGAUAAUCAUAUAAGUUAUCAAAAUGGAGGAUACAAAUUUAUUUAUUGUCACAAUUGUCUUCCUUUCACUGCUUAUAAAGUGGGCGAUUACAUAGAAAUUGACUUAGAAAUAAUGGCUAACAACAAAUUUAAGCAUGUCUUUAAUGAAAAUAAAAAUGUGAUCCAAGGAAUUUCAUGUGAAGCUAACCAACCCCCUCACAAUUUACCAACACUUUUUGUGGAAGAAAAUUUUUCGCAAGCAUUAACCAUAGGAUGA